GUCAUCAGUUUGCGACCCCCCUCCGUAGGCUGUGCAGUGAUUCUAUGUGACCCCUUGUUUGGUAAGGUUCCUACUUGGGGGACUAGAGCUGCCCCCGGCAGCAUCUGGCUGUCUUGUUAGUAAUGGAUAAAGAUCCUUUGAGUGAGAAGAUCUUGCACAUCACACUGAAGAUAAUCUGCUUGCUGACUGGAGAGGAUUGCGUAGUUGUGAAGAAGUCAGACAAUCGUGUCAGGGACAGCAGCCCUUGCCCUUUGUCGGACACAAGCUGCAGUACAGAGAACCCAGUGUUGGUGCCUCCACUCAGUGUGUUGGUGAAAGACAGAAGCACUCAGAAGAAGAUUGUGAGUCUAGCCAACCUGAUCAUUCAGCUUCUCACAGAAGAGGUCCCUGCAAAGUGCGAGGUGGAUGUCAAUCUGUCUGUGGAGGAUUGGGAAUAUUUAGAAGGACACAAGGAAGAUUAUGAGGAGUGGAUUGAGAAGAAACACCUGUCUCAGAAGAGUUUAGGGAGUGCUAAUGUUAAAUCUGGGGAAGCCAAGAAUGAGAGAAACUCAGAACAGAUAUUAAGUGACCAUCAUAAUCCUCAGGAAAAGAGGAGCCAUCCAGAAAUGUGUACAGCUAAAUUCAGUAAUAGAAAUAAACCAAAAAGAAGACACAUCCCCUGUUAUUCACAGGAUUUUACCCAGGACAAUACAUUUCAGAUGGAACGAGGUGAGAGUGUGUUUCAUCCACAGUGUAAGGAUAAGAGAGGUCCUUCACAGAUCAGUUCAGGCUGUGAUGAUAAAAAUACUGAACACAUGGGAAGAAAGGAGAGGCUAUCAGAGAGGCCUGUGGCUUAUCAUAAAGGACCUCGCAAAAAGGAAGACCAGCUGGAUCAGUAUUCUGAUCGAUCAAGUAUCCGCAUUCUAUCAGAAAGAUGCCAUGAAUUGCAUUAUACAAAAUGCUGUAUGGAGGAAGAUGAGCAGAUACCAUGUGAUUACGAGAUGGAGUCUGGAGAAGGGUCACUAAGUCUGCCGUGCAAGGAGGAGGAAAUCCCUACGGAGAUUAGCCCAGAUGGAUCAACUAGCAAAAUGAAGCUCGAUAGAGACCAUAAAAUGUUUCCUUCUCAGAAUGAUGUUGAAGAGGAUAAUCAUAGAAUGCAGGAUUACCAGGGUCCAUCUUCUGGAUUUGAAGACCUAUACUCAUUGAGGUUUCCUCCAACCGUUUCAACGCUAGCACCUAAUUCUUCUGAACUGGUUAAGGGAGAGGGCAAGACAAUGAAAGAACUUUUCUUUGAAAAAUUAACUAAAUUGCAGGAUUCCAAGGCAAAUAAUAGUAAAAUAUAUUCUCAGCAAAAAUACUAUGAUCUCAUAAGAGAUGUUAAGCUAGCAAAAGUUAAACAAAAAAAAGAGCCAGUUGACUACCGCCGGUUAGCAAGGUAUGACAUCCUCUUGCUUGACGGUGAAGAGAAACUAAUAGAGGCUCUAAAAGGAGAAGGAGCCACAAUUCGGUAUUUCCUAUACAAAGAAGAAUUAUUUGACAUUCUGCAUGAUACUCAUCUACGCAUUGGUCACGGUGGACGUACAAGAAUGGAAAAGGAACUACAAGGUCACUAUACAAAUAUCACGAAAGAAGUCAUCAUGACAUAUCUUACACUGUGUAAACAGUGCCAACAAAAACACUCUGUGCAGCGUCGAUCGUUAGCCACAAACCCCAAAAUCUCCUCUGAACUUCAUUCCAGAUGUCAGGUGGAUGUAAUUGAUAUGCAGUCAAAUCCUGAUUCAGAAUACAAAUUUAUUUUAAAUUAUGAAGAUCAUUCAACAAAAUUUAUUCUUUUACGACCUUUAAAAACAAGGAGUGCCGAAGAGGUUGCAAAUGUCGUUUUAGACAUUUUCACUACUAUCGGUGCACCAAGUAUAUUGCAGUCAGACAGUGGACGUGAAUUCUCCAAAAAUGUUUUAGUAGAGCUCACGAAAAUGUGUCCAGAACUAAAAAUGGUCAAUGGAAGGUGUUCACCACGUCAAAGUGAAGAUUCAGCAGAACAAGUGAAGCAGGAUGUGUCAAAAAUGUUGGCCACAUGGAUGAAAACAAACAAUACUGCUCACUGGACGCCAGGGCUAAAAUUUAUACAAAUGAUGAAGAAUAAGACUUAUCACCCGUGUAUACAGAAAAGUCCUUAUGAAGCUAUGUUUGGGUGCAAACCAAAGAUGGGAUUGAUGUCUUCAUCUUUACCCAAAGAUGUAAUUGAAAAUCUUAAAACUGAGGAAGAUCUGGAAUUAGCAGAAGCUCAACUGAAAUACUGUCCCAAAAAACAAGACCUAAAAACAAGUGAAGUUUUGAACUACACCACAAAUGUAAAGGCUCCCACUAAAAUUGGUGAAAGAAAUACUUCUCAAAGAGAUAGUAUGUUUCCGUGUUGUGUUGUGUGCAACCAGACCUGCCCUGAAACCCACGAAUGCACAGUGUGUAGGAGGUAUGUCCACACAUCCUGCUCUAUUUUCAAGAUUGAUGACCACGACGGACUUUUACGACCAAUCUGUUCCCUUUGCAAUAAUGAGUGCGACGUGAAAAGAAAACGUCCUGGUGCUCUUAACACACAAAGAAAAGCUUCUAAAAUGAUCAAAUCUUCAGCAAAUGUAGAAGACUAUGUAAAAAUAAGAGUAAUCGAGCCAGAGGAGAUGCAAGAUUCAUAUGACAUUUAG